GUGGAUCUAUCUUGGGUUAGCGAGUUAUACAAAUCUUUGAUACGGACGUCCCAAGGAUCCCGAAUAGCUUGGACCAUAAUGAUACAGCAGUGCACAGCUGAUAGAUGUUAGCCAGCCAGGCAGUGUAAACAUGCUAACAAGCUAGCUGUCACAAAUUUGUGCAAGUUACACCGUUUCUGUGAGGAGACUGCUACAAACAAGUAAAUGAUCCGGCCAACAAUGGAGCAGAUACACGGCUUGACGUUGUUUUUUGUAUUCUUCCCGAGCCAUCGUUUUGGCUAAAUGUCAAUGUCAUCUCAUACAGCUAGCUAGCUAAAUAGCUAACUAAGGCCAGGGAGAGCUUGCUGGUGACUACGUCUUGACAGAGUUCCCACAUAUGCUGAGUACUUGCUGGCUGCUUUUCCAUCACUCCGCGGUCCAACUCAUCCCAAACAAUCUCAAUUGGGUUGAGGUUUGUGAUUGUGGAGGCCAGGUCAUCUGAUGCAGUACUCCAUCACUAUCCUUCUUGGUCAUUUACCCCUCACACAACCUGAAAAUGUGUUUUGGGUCAUUGUCCUGUUGAGAAACAAAUUAUAGCGCAAACCAGAUGGGAUGGAGUAUUGCUGCGGAAUGCUGUGGUUGUCAUGCUGGUUCACGUGACUACUUCAUGAAGCUGGUUGAGAAUGCCAAGAGUGUGCAAAGCUGCCAUCAAGGCAACGGUUGCCCAACAGUGGGAGGAGAGGUGUGUGACCGACUCCUUGACUGCUGGCUCCUCUGGCAUUUCACCACCGCCAUGACCACAUCAGGCUGCUGCCACCUGCCUGGCUCCCUGUGUGACUACUCAGGCAGCGCCGACCUGCCCAAGGUGGUAGAGGAGCCAGAUGCUGGCCAGGCCCAGUACGUCGCUAAGGUUACGGCCAAAGAUGGUCGCUCACUCUCCACUGUUGUCAAAGCUGUGGGCUCACAGAGUAAUGAAGGCAUGUGUCGUAUCUGCCACGAGGGGGCCGGUGGUGAGACGCUGCUCUCCCCUUGUGACUGCACAGGGACCCUGGGUAAGGUGCACAAGAGCUGCCUGGAGAAGUGGCUGUCGUCCUCCAACACCAGUUACUGUGAGCUCUGCCACACAGAGUUCACUGUUGAACGGCGACCCCAGCCCCUCACACAGUGGUUGCGGGACCCGGGGCCUCGCAGUGAGAAGCGCACGCUGCUGUGCGACAUGGCCUGCUUCCUGCUCAUCACGCCACUGGCAGCCAUCUCCGGCUGGCUGUGUCUGAGGGGAGCCCAGGACCACCUGACCCUCAACAGCCGGUUGGGGGCCGUGGGACUCAUUGCCCUCACCAUCGCCCUCUUCACCAUCUACAUCCUCUGGACACUGGUAUCGUUCCGCUAUCACUGUCAGUUAUACUCCGAGUGGAGGAGGACCAAUCAGAAAGUGCGCCUGCUAAUGCCCGACAUAAAAGGAGCGCACUCCACUCAACAUUCCGUGCCGACGAAGUCAACCAAGAAAAUGACUGACGAGACCAUCGUAUGAGCACCAAGCGACGUGUUCUCGCAAAUAAAGUGUUACAUAACUCAAACUUCUGCGCUCUUAAGGACCAUUCUGGGGGAUUAUUUUUCCAUAUUCCCAUUUAAGCACUAUAACCAUUUUGAUUUUGGGAUAUUUUGGACUCGUAGAAGGACGUGCCACUGAUGUCAUCGCCGGAUUAUGAACACUGGACUGGAACAUAAGGUGACAGCCAAUAGCGGGAUACUGAUGCAGCAUGUUAAUACAGUAACAUACCACCCCACCCCAUCACAAUGUAUUUAGCUUUUUUUGGACAACUACCAUCCAAUAGGCUUGUGAAUUUACUCAGAACGACCAUGUUUAAAUAUGAUGUUCUCUGUUUAAGAAAAAAUAUUUUCCCUUUUUGAAGUUGGGAGGAGAAAGUGGGCUUUGGUGUCAGUCAAUGUAUACAAAAGUAUUUGAUGUAAUUUUAGUCUUCCUGUUGGACUCCUUUUGAGUAAGCUGGGUCAUUGUGGAAUAAAAUAUAAGGGACUCUUGUCACCGUACAAUGGCUUGCAUGUGUAAAAUGUCAUGUGUUCUGAAACUCUUUGUGCUACUUAUACAGGAGUAUUGGAUCUGUAACAAUCUAGCUCCCGUGUGGCGCAGCGGUCUAAGGCACUGCGAGUGCAAGAGGCAUCCCUGGUUCAAAUUCAGGCUGUGAUUGGGAGUCCCAUAGGGCGGUGCACAAUUGGCCCAGCGUCGUCUAGGUUUGACCGGGGUCCAGAAGGAGUCAAAAGUAAACAGGACCUGAGCCCUAGGACCAUGCCCCAGGACUACCUGACAUGAUGACUCCUUGCUGUCCCCAGUCCACCUGGCCAUGCUGCUACUCCAGUUUCAACUGACCUGAGCCCUAGGACCAUGCCCCAGGACUACCUGACAUGACGACUCCUUGCUGUCCCCAGUCCACCUGGCCAUGCUGCUGCUCCAGUUUCAACUGUUCUGCCUUACUAUUAUUUGACCAUGCUGGUCAUUUAUGAACAUUUGAACAUCUUGGCCAUGUUCUGUUAUAAUCUCCACCCGGCACAGCCAGAAGAGGACUGGCCACCCCACAUAGCCUGGUUCCUCUCUAGGUUUCUUCCUAGGUUUUGGCCUUUCUUGGGAGUUUUUUCUAGCCACCGUGCUUCUACAACUGCAUUGCUUGCUGUUUGGGGUUUUAGGCUGGGUUUCUGUACAGCACUUUGAGAUAUCAGCUGAUGUACGAAGGGCUAUAUAAAUACAAUUAGAUUUUUUUUUUUUUUGAUCACUGCUGAGAAGCACUGAGCUCAAUGAUACAAUAAGAGGAACUUUGGCCCUGUGGCAUCACACUGCUGCUGCAGGAAGCUGAUAACAUGCUCCAUCAAACCUGAAUUGACAGUUGUGGGACACUUUUUGGUUUUCUGUUUUCAGCACGUUUUCUAAAUUAUGGCGAGGGAGGAAGAGCAGAACUCUUCAAUCUCAGAUGUCUAGUCCACAGGGGAUAGAUACUCUGUGUCACAUCAUAAAUAGACCUCUAUAUGGGGUGUCAGUGGAAAACUGCAGGGUCAUUCGAUAUCAUUUCAGCAUGUCAUGUCACCACCAUCUCAGAUUGUUCUUAAAUUGUUUCUGUAGUUAGAAACGGAUAAGAUUAGCUUUCCUGAAACAUUAUUUUGUUGAAAUAUAAUUUGAUAUUUGAGAAAUUAAGCUAAUUGAUUCCACCUAAAUUGGACAUUUUAAUUUAAAGGAUUCAUAUCUUCAAUAAAUAUAUUACCUAACACCU